AGGUAAAGAAGUACAAGAGGUAAACUUCAAGAAGUGUUGUAGAGGUAAAGAAGUACAAGAGGUAAACUUCAAGAAGUGUUGUAGAGGUAAAGAAGUACAAGAGGUAAACUUCAAGAAGUGUUGUAGAGGUAAAGAAGUACAAGAGGUAAACUUCAAGAAGUGUUGUAGAGGUAAAGAAGUACAAGAGGUAAACUUCAAGAAGUGUUGUAGAGGUAAAGAAGUACAAGAGGUAAACUUCAAGAAGUGUUGUAGAGGUAAAGAAGUACAAGAGGUAAACUUCAAGAAGUGUUGUAGAGGUAAAGAAGUACAAGAGGUAAACUUCAAGAAGUGUUGUAGAGGUAAAGAAGUACAAGAGGUAAACUUCAAGAAGUGUUGUAGAGGUAAAGAAGUACAAGAGGUAAACUUCAAGAAGUGUUGUAGAGGUAAAGAAGUACAAGAGGUAAACUUCAAGAAGUGUUGUAGAGGUAAAGAAGUACAAGAGGUAAACUUCAAGAAGUGUUGUAGAGGUAAAGAAGUACGAGAGGUAAACUUCAAGAAGUGUUGUAGAGGUAAAGAAGUACAAGAGGUAAACUUCAAGAAGUGUUGUAGAGGUAAAGAAGUACGAGAGGUGAGUUGGAAGCUUAGUGCUGCUCGACGAUUG